CUAAGCCCGCUUAGGCCCCGCCUAGGCGCUAGGCCCCAGCUUGGGGCCCGACUAGCGCCUAGCGUGUUUUAGAACGCUGCAUGAAGUUGAAGAUAUUUUUUGGGAUGUUUCUGAUCCACUUCUAAAUGCAAUUUGUCCUACUUAAGAAUCACAUGUUUCUGAUAAUGGUCACUUAGGAGAUUCUGAUUCUUUGGUACAAAGUGAAGGGGUUUCUCGUGCAGGGGGAGAAGUACUACAAACUGAUUAUCACGAUCCGAAUUUUGAGAUUCAGGUUUAUAUUAGGCAGAGAUUUCAUCAAAGGAACAAAGAUCUGAAUGUCAACUCUACACAAAACCAGUUUGAAAACCCGAACAAUGGCACUGUAAGUUCAGAAAAUCCCAUUUCAACAUCUAGUUUGCUUCCUUCAACUAUACCCAAUAGUUCCCCAGUUGAUUCUUCAACUAUUAUCAAUUAUUCACCUACUAUUCCUGAUCUUGAUGUUCCUAUAGCAAUUAGGAAAGGUGUCGGAAGUUGCACUAAACAUCCUAUUGCUAAAUAGCUCUCUUACCACAGACUAUCAAAAAAUCAUAAAGCUUUCACAUCUAGGAUUUCACACUUGUUUGUUCUAAGAAAUAUAUAGGAAGCUUUGGAUGAUCUGAAUUGGAAAUUAGCAGUCAUAGAGGAGAUAAAUGCUCUAAGGUGAAGUGGCACUUGGGAGAUAGUCUAUCUGUCCAAAGGCAAGAAAAUAGUAGUGUGUAAAUGGGUGUUUACAAUAAAGUGUAAGGUUGAUAGGAGUGUUGAUAGGUUCAAAGCCAGGCUGGUGGCUAAAUCCAGACUCAUGGGAUUGACUAUUAAGAGACCUUUGCUUCUGUUGCUAAAAUAAACUCUAUCAGAGUCCUGUUGUUUCUUGCAGUAAAUUCAGAUUGGCCUCUACACCAGUUUAAUGUAAAAAAUGUGUUUCUUAAUGGUGAUCUUGAAGAGGAGGUCUUCAUGAGUUUCCCUCCGAGAUUCGAAAAGAAAUUUGGGAGUGACAAAGUAUGUAGACUGAAGAAAUCCCUAUACGGUCUCAAACAGUUACCGAGAGCAUGGUUUGAACGCUUUGGAAAGACAAUUACCAAUUAUGGCUUCCUUCAAAGUCAGAGUUAGCAGCCCUCAAGAAGAAACUUGCGAAGGAGUUCCAAAUUAAAGACCUGGGAAUCCUAAAAUACUUUCUUGGAAUGGAGUUUGCAAGAUCCAAAGAAGGUAUUUUUGUCAAUCACAGAAAAUAUGUACUCGAUCUUCUUGGAGAAACAGGUUUACUCGGUUGCAGGGUGUCGGAGACUCCCAUCGAGCCUAAUGUGAAACUACAGGCUGCUAAAGCUGAAGAAGUGAAGGACAUGGAACAAUAUUAAAGACUUGUGGGCAGGUUAACCUAUUUGUCUCAUACGCGAUCUGAUAUUUCUUUUGCAGUUAGUAUGGCAAGUCAGUUUAUGCACUCACCAGGGCUAGAGCAUUUCGAGGUGGUUUACAGAAUCUUAAGAUAUCUAAAAGGGACACCUGACAAAGGGUUACUAUUCAAGAAACAUGGUCACCUGUGAGUUGAGAUCUACACUCAUGCAGAUUGGACAGGAAGUGUUGAUGAUAGGAGAUCUAUUUCGGACUACUGUUCUUUUGUUGGGGGAAAUUUAGUCACCUGGCGAAGCAAAAAACAAAAUGUGGUGGCUAGAAGUAGUGCAGAAGCAGAGUUUAGAGCUGUUGCCCAUUGAAUUUAUGAGGGAAUGUGGAUCAAACGAAUACUUGAAGAGCUAAAGUUUUCUCAUUCAAUAUCUAUAAAAGUCUAUUGUGACAACAAGGUUGCCAUCUCUAUAGCUCAUAAUCUAGUGUUGCAUGACUGUACAAAACAUAUAGAGGUGGACAAAUAUUUCAUCAAGGAGAAGAUCGAUGCUGGAAUAAUAUGGCAUGCCAUCCUUUCCAACAACUGAACAAAUUGCUGAUGUUCUGACUACUAAGGGUCUACAUAAGAAGCAGUUUGAUAAACUUAUUGUUUUAUAUUGAUCCGCUGACUGGGUGCAAAUUCUACUCAAAGCUGAAGGUUUCUGAUUAUCUUAGAACCAUAAAGCGGAAUAGCUGCACAUCCCAACAGAAGAAAAUGGAUGUUGACUCUGUUUGUCUUAACAUGCGUGAAUUAAAUGGAUUGAACAGCCCUCUGAAGCUAGGGGAGUCUCAGAAGGUGAAAACUCUGAAGCUUACAAAUUCUACAUCAACAUGGGAGCAAGUGGGAUCUAGCAAUCAGUCUGAGAAAAAGGGUGUGGUCGAGAGGGUUAACCCUGACGGGCUACCUCCUGGAUGGAUAAAAGAACUUAGAGUUCAGAAGAAGGACAAUAAAACCAGAAAAGACCCGUACUACACGGAUGCUGUAAGUGGAUAUGUAUUUUUCUCCCAUAAAGACGUUUUGCGCUAUCUGGAAACUGGAGACUUAAACAGCUGUGCCACCAAACCAAGGAAGAGGGAUGAACUGGGAUUUUUAAAUGAAGAGACUUCUGUACCAUCUACAACUAUGAAGCAGAAGUUAGGGCACCAUGCAACCAGAAGAGAACUUUUCUCAGGUACAGAAAAUAGCGUUGCAAGCAGCUCAAAAACAAUGGAUGCUGAGGGGUUACUGAAAAGGCAAACUACAAGUGUGUCUGCUGAUGUAAUGACCGCUGCAACUCCUACUGCUGAGACUUCUAAAGGGAAAAGUUCACUUGAUAAUGUAGUUGAGUGUGCUGAGACAAGGGUUAGUAAUGAUCCUAGCAGCUUAUUGCCAAGUGCUGAAGGCUCUAAAAGGAAACUGGGCGCUGAAAAUGGAUCUCUUUUUGUUCCCUCUACUGAUAUCAUAGGAGGGGAGAAUGGUGAAGAUAAUGGCUUGGACAAUAAUAGAGAGACAGACUCUAGGAAAUCAAAGAAUAAGAAGGCACGCAUAUUUCCUUGUAGGACUUCCAAACGGCUUGCUGGGCUGAAACCUGAGAUGGUGGGCAACUUGGCGUUUAGUGAGCAAGCUCUAAGAACUGCAGAUAAAACAUCUGGUCAAAACGAAGGAAAACCAUCUCUGGGGACACUUGACAAUGUAGCGCAUACCAGUCCUCAGCAAUUUCAGUCUGUUUCAAAGACACAGAUUGCAGAUCGUGGUUUAAGAGAUGCAGAGGCUCAAUCAAUUGAUCUGUCGGACAGAAGCAAGAAAUCUUUGGAGGACCAAGUUGUUCCAGAUGACCAACCUGCAAGGCAUGAAACUGUGAAGAAAGAUGAGGAAAAUAUCAAAUCUCAACACCUUUAUCCUUUUGGGGAUUCUUGGUCAGAUCCAUGCCUAGAAUUUGCAUAUAAGACUCUUACAGGGGCAAUAACUGUUGAGGAUGAUCAUGCUAUCCGAGGUCACUUCCAGCAACAGGAAGACUCGUCUAAUGUUCAGGAAGGCUCUAGGAGGAAACAAGGUAAGAGAGUUUGUGCUGGAAAUGGAACUUUUUCAAGCCCCUUAGCUCAGAUCUUACGAGAGGAGAAUCUGGAAGAGAUUGGCUUGGAAAAGAAUAGCAGCCGAAAACCUCUAGCCGACUCUGGCAAAUCCAAGAAUAAGAAAGAACUUAAAUUGCCUUGUAGGUCUUCAAAACGGCUUGCGGGGCACAAACCUGAGAUGGUGGCCAACUGGGGGCUAAGUGAGCAUGCUAUUAGAGCUGCAGUUAGGAACUCGGGUGAAAAUGAUGCCAAACCAAGCCAAGGGGCCCUUGAUAAUAUAGCUCAUAGCUCCCCGCAGCAGUGUCUGACUAUUCCAGAGAGACAGAUUGCAGACGAUGCUUUGAUAGGCACAGAAGCUAAAUUAGAUGGGGAGAUGUCAAACAGAAGCAAGAAGCGUUUGGAAGACCAAGUUGUUAUGGAUAAUCCACUGGUGAGGCAGGAAACUGAGAACAAGGAUGGGGAAAAUAUAGAAUCGCAGUCCUGCUAUCCCUUUGGGGUUUCUUGGUCAGAUCCAUGUCUAGAAUUUGCAUUUAAGACUUUGACGGGGGAAAUAAAUAUCGAGGAUGAUCCUAUGUUUCAAGGUCACUUCCACCAACAAGUAAACUCCUCUCAUUCUCAGGGUGAUACUUGCUUAGGAGUAACAGAAGUUGGCUUGCCCAUUGAUCUCAAUAAUGAUAUUUCAUCACUGCCAAUAGCCAAGGACUCCAAGAGGGAACAAGACAAGAGAGUCCCAGCUGAAAAUGGGGUUGUUUCCACUCCCUCAACUGAGAUAAUCCAAAUGGAGAAUCUGGGAAAAAAUAUCUUGGAAGAAAAUAUCAAUAGAAAUGCUCAGACUGGCUCGAGCAAACCCAAGAACAAAAAAUUCCUUCAGUUGCCUUCCAGGUCUUCAAAACGACUUGCAGGGAUCCAACCAGAGAUGGCAAUGAACUGGGACUUACGUGAGCAAGCUCUUAGAGCUGCUGCUAGAGGGUCUGGUCGAAGUGAAAUGGGACCAUCUGCGGAAGCUCUUGAUGAUGUGGCAAGGAGAACCUCUCAGCAGUGUCAGACUGGUUCAGAGACGGCUACUGCAGAUCACACAUUGAGAAGCACAGAAGCUCCAUCUGAUGUUGAGCUGGCAAACAAAAACAAGAGAUCUUUGGAGGACCAAGCUGCUCCGGAAGCCCUUGGUAGUGUGGCCAAUAGUGCCUCUCACCGAUUUCUGUCUCCAGAUUAUGCUUUCAGAGGCACAGAAGCACCAUCAAAUGUUCGGCUGACAAACAGAAGGGCAAUGUCUCUGGAGGACCAAGCUUCCCCGGAAGCCAUUGAUAUUACGGUCCAACCUAAGCAAUUUCAGAGUGUUUUCAAGGCGGAUAUUGCAGAUAAUGCUCUGAGAUUGAAGGAAGCUCCUUCAAAUGUUGAGCUGAAAAGCAUCGGCAGGCUUUUGGAGGGCCAAGCUGCCUUGGGAUCCCUUGAUAAUGUGGUUCACAGCAUCCCUCUGCAAUUUCAUCCCGUUCUACAGACGGGUGAUCACGCUUGCACAGAAGCUCCAUCAAAUAUUAAGGUGACAAACAGAAGCGAGAAGCCUUUGGAGGACCGAGCUGUUCAAGAACUAGCCCAAUCAGUAAGGCAGGAAGCUGAGAAGAAAGAUAAGGAAAAUCAAGAAUCCAAAGUCCUCUAUCCAUUUGGGGAUAUUUGGUCCGAUCCAUGCCUAGAUUUUGCAUUUAAAACUUUGACAGGAGCAAUACCUUUCGAGGAUAAUCUCCAGUUUCAGAGUUACUUCCAACACGGGGACUCUUCACAUUCUCAAGAUGAAGAUUGCUCUGCAGCACCAAGUUUCAGCAUACCCAACUUCUUUCAAACGGAUACUUCGUCAAAUUCUUCUGCGCCAGGGAAGCCUGUUCCCGCGCCAUGGUCAUCGAUAGAUCCUAUGUUCCUACCUCCUGGAAAUGCCAUCUUACCAGGUUGUAGUGGUACUAUACCUCAACAGCCUAACUUGGAUGGAAGCCAAGGACAUCACCAUAGAAAGAAUUCAUGAGGUAGUGUUUUCUGAUGGCAAUAAGCAACGACAGACCUUAAUUUCUAGCUGGGCACUGAUCUUGCAGGUGUUAAACUGAACUGCAGAGUGAGUGUAUUAACUGAAGCAGUGCCUUUGUAGUAUUAGCCAUAAGGAUUUCUGAUCUGUUAUGCUUAGUUUGCGCUUGAGAUAGAUAUGCUAGAAGAGCUGGGGUAAAGGGAAAUAGAUAAAGUGAAAAGGUAUUCUUUUAUCUGUUCCUGACUUAGAUUAAGAAUUUCAUUAUGCA